AUGACCUAUACUCGUACCACCGGGUUCAUCGGUAACCCCCUGAGCCCCCUCCCCUUGGAUUCGAACCGUCGUGUUGACAGGUCAGCAGUUUAGUUGAAUCCUGAGAUCCAACGGUCAACUGUAUUUCACAGCCUUGGGCUAGAUCUGAACCAUCAAAUCAGAGGGAGGGAAUUAAAAGAUCUGAGAAAAUGUGGGUCUGCGACUGGCUAUAGCCGGUGGAGGAAGCCGCCACGUCAUCUCUACCGCAAGCGAAGACCAUCCUGUGAUUACUUUGGGCAAGACUGCGGCGAUAUUUAAGUUGCACACGUGGCGCACCUACCGCUGCUGGUGACGCAAAAGGCUCAUCUGACGGCUCGGACACGGCCACGCUGGCUCCGACAGAUGAAGACCGUGCGUUUAGGCGAAGAUCUGACGGACAGGAUACGCAGUCGGAGGUCGGGGAGACGAUCUGACCGUACGUCCGCGCCAGAAGCGGCGUUUGGCAACGAGAGGAAGUGCCAAAGGGAGAUGUGGAUGGCGGAGGAAAGGGAGGAAAGGGAGGAAAGGGAGGAAAGCGAGACUGGAGAUGGGAAAGAGAGAGAGGUAGAGACAGAGAGGGUGGAGGAGCGGCGGCGGCGGCGAGGGGAGGGUGUUGAUCCAGGAGGUUGAAGGAGGACUGCGCUGAGGAAGAAUCAUCGAUAUCAUCUCUGUCUUCAGCUUCAGCAGGCGGCACCGUGGAGGUGACCGGGCUCUCUGCGGAUUCUGUGUUGGCCUGGAGUGGUGGUCGGGGGGUCGUAUGCGUGUUUUUCGAUCUGGUUUUGUUGUGGUGAGAGGAUUAGGUACCAGAUCGGCGGGGUUCUGGUCUGGUGUUUGAUGAGAGAAGGGGGUAGCAGAUGGACCGGAAUAGGGACGGGAAGAGGGGGAACGUGGCGGCGGUGAAUGGAAUAUCGAGGCGGAGGUCUCGAGGCGGAAGCUCGAGGGACUCCCCUGGUUCGAUUCCGGUUCUUGGAUCUCUCUUCCUUCGUCUGCCUGUUGUUUUCUUUUUGUCUACUUGUUGGUUCUGAUAUUGGAUUCUUGUGGUGCAGAUGAGGAUGGGGGAAUGGAGUUGCAGGAGACGGUCCGACUUCGGGAUCGGGGGAGUAAGAAGAAUCGAGAUCGGGAGAGAUCCGGCCGUAGCAAGCGAAGAAAAGGGGACCGGAUACUUCAUGGGACCAACAGGGACGAAGGAGAGGAGAGUUCCGAAGAGAGUAUUGACGAAGACGAGGAGGAUGAUGACGACGACGCCAGUGGAACUGCCCGGCCACCACCACCGCCGCACCAACCCUCGCCUCCGCCCUCAUCUUCGCUGUCAAACCACAACCACCGAAAGGCCUAUCCAACAAAGGUAAUCAGAGGCCCAGUGGUGUGGAAGGUGGCGGAUGAGAUGAUCGGUGUGUCAAUUCCAAGGAAAGCUCGGUCAGGUAGCAGAGUAGGGUUUUGUGAUUCUAAGAAUGGUUCUAGUUUUGUGCCUUUUGUUCUCUAAAUCCAAAAAUUUUGAACGGUUGUGGAUAUUCUUCCGCUUUGAUUUUGCAGCGUACGCGAAAAGGUCACCUGAAUGUUGGGUCUCAGGUAGUGGCUGUGCUGGAGGAUCUGGGGAGCCAAUUCAUCGGCAAGCUUCAGCUUCUCCUCCGAGGCUAGGUGGAGGGGCUAGUGCUCCCGUUCCGACUUCACCAUCUUCCUCCAACGCUUCUGUCAGAAAAAAGAUGGUCUCAUCUACCUUCGUUUUUAUUCGAGUUUUUACGCCAGUUCUCUUCUUCGUUUUUAAGGCUGGAACUCAACCGCUGUCCCUUUUCUCCAGAAGCAGAUCAGUGGGACCAAACAUCGACCGCCGAAAAUUUUGAAGUCUCCAUCAUCAAUCCAAGAAAUCGAGAUCGAGGUUGCUGAGGUUUUGUAUGGACUGACCAGGCAGUUUCAGGUUCCUCUGAAGCAGGAGUUCAACAAGCCACAUUCGAAGGAUGCAAAUGAAUCCAGCUAUGACACUAAAUCACGUGUUUCAUCACCGAGCUCGAUCUCGCCUCCUCCAGCAGUAUCUCAGGGAUUGCUGCAGCACAGUUAUAGCACUGCUAUGGCUCCUUUACCUGCUGUGGGUAAGUAUGGCUUACUUCCUUGAACGGCCCCCCGUCCAACCCCCCCGCCCCUCCCCAACGAAAAAAAAAAGAUGAAGAAAAAAAUGAAAGCAGAAAAAGGAAGAUGUGACGCGUGACUACUCUUCAAUUUAUGAUGGAGACUCUUCUCUCCUGCUGUCUGCAGCUCCAAAGAGGAAAAGGCCUCGACUAGUGAAGGUUGACGACAAGACUCCUGCAGAUGCUACCGUUCAGGCAGUUCAUCCAAGUUCCUCUAUUUCUUCGAUGUGUAAGACAACUGAUGGGGAUGAGACUAGAGUGCAAGUCCAGUCUCCAAGGUUACCAAAGAACGCAGAACUAAUGCAGUCAGAAAAUGGCACCCCUUCUCUCGUUCAAGUGGAAGGUAAACCUGCAAGUAUUCAGGAUGAAUCAAUGAAGCCAGAGAGCAGCAGUGCAUCUGAUGUGAAGCCUCCAGUCACAGAUUUGGACAGCCAAAAUAGGGUGGAAAAGAAAGAUGAAAUUAAAUUACUGGCCAAGGAGCCCGUUUCUGAUGAAUUGAUCACCAAUUGUACUGAAUCUGACGUUAAACUGUAAGCAUUGAGAUUGUGUUUCUUUUGCUACUUCUCUUUUCAACAUGAGGCUUCUGUUCUUUCUCAUUGAUUUUUUUUUAUUGCUCCUCUGUUUUUGACAGUGCCUCAGCUGCUGAUAGCCCGAAAGAGAAGUUCAAGAUUGAUUUAAUGGUUGGUUUUUUUUAGCUAUCUCUUAUGACGCAGUCUUUCCUUUUUCUUCUUUUCUAUCUGAGGAACUACAAGUGCUAACUGAGAUCUUGGUUGUGCAGGCUCCUCCAGGGAAGUCCUCGCAGGAGAGGGAACUAGAUUUCCUCACGGAACACAAAUUUGCUUCGCCAGAAAUUGAGACUGUGAGUAAUCUUAUCCGUUUUUAGACGGCCUUUUACCAUAAAACUAGUGGGCUUCUGUUUCUGUUGUGACAUUUUUCUUUUCCAGGGAAGAAAACACGAUUCUGUGAAAAACCGAGUGGAAAAGUCCGAAAGAAGCCCAAUAACAGGGGAUGCGGGCUUCGAAUUGAAGGAAACCAAGAACUUGGUUGAAGAAUAUGAUUCCAGGAGCCCAGUCAAUAAGAAGUCUCUUGAUGUGAAGUUGGAGCCUGCGAAAUCGGAUAAAGAGGAAAUUAUUUGCGGCAAGCUCCCAGGUCCGAGGCAACCAGGGAAUAUUCCAAAAGCAGAGCCUACAUCAGAGAAAACGGGUACCAUAUUUGAAUCACUUUGAAGUUAUCCCGUGCUCAGGAGCCUAAUUUAUUGAUCACAGCGGAUGGCCAAUGAGGAUCUCUAUCCCUUACAAACUCUUAUAUCUUGAUGUUUUUUCAGCUACACAAGCUGGAUCCUUGCCUUUGCCCAUGGCUGCGGCUGGCUGGCCUGGUGGUCUUCCUUUUGGGUGAGAAUUAAUACUAUUCAAUCAAAUUUAAAUCAUGGAUUGCUGUGAACACUCGCUCUCCCAUUUGCAGGUAUAUGGGUCAAGUUCCAUUCCUGCAGCCUGCUGUGCCGAUAGAUGGGACUGCAGCCCCGACCAUGCCUAUGCGGGUACUUCCAUAUUUCGUCGCCAAGUUUUGCUGUUCUUUGUGAAUUGGCUUCAUUCUCCACGGGCAACUCUCACUGUAUUCAUGUCGUUACCAACUUCUCCAUGCAGCAACUUCGCCCAAAGCGGUGUGCCAUCCACUGCUACAUCGCACAUAACAUAUGCUUCCAUCAGCAAAUUGCCCAGAUGAACCCCUUUUGGCCUGUGGCUGCCGGCUCCACCCCCAUGUUCGGGGCCAAGCCUUACAACCUGAAUCUCAUGCCAUCUUCGGCAUCUGCCAUCCUCAGCAAUCCGCUGCAGGGAGGGUUUCCCGGGGGCUGCUUGGGCUCCCUGCAAGACAAGGCCGUCCCUGUGUUUGGGCAGCUCCCUGGCCAGUCUCCCAAAGAAAAAGGCUCCGCUGUGAACUCUUUCAUGGAUGCGACUCAGAGGAAGCAGCUUGUUCUUCAGCAGCCCCUGCAAGCAGGAUCUACGAACAAUAUGCUGGUAUGGAUUACUUCAUAAAUGUGUUACUUUUUGGCUGCAAAGUUGGUAAUACUGAUGUCGAAAUAUCGCCUGUUGUUUUUUGCUCGCUGUUCUUUUCAGCACACUCCGGCUUUCAUUUUCCCUCUCAAUCAACCCCAGGCGCCUACCUCUCAAGUGGCUGUGGCAAAGUCCUCUGCUGUGAAUGCGGCUUCCUCCAGUGUUUCUAGUUCUGCUGCUGCUAGUUCUUCAGGGUCAGGGGCUGCCCCCACUGGCACAACUGCCUUGAACUACUCUACUUUGCCCCAGGGGGAAGCCCAGUACUUUCUACUUCAGAACAAUGGCUAUCCUUUUCCCAUUCCGGCCCAUGUUGGUGCUCCUCCAUUCAGAGUCGGCAAUCAUCCCCAACCAAUGGCCUUUCUGAAUGCCUCCUUCUAUGCCUCCCAGAUGCUCCAUCACCCACAGUUGCAGCAGCUGCCACCACCUCCACCCCCACCGCCACAACAGCAACACUAUCCUAACCCACAAGACCAAUCUAAAGCGAGCCCCUCUUCAUCCCAGAAGUACCCUCAGCCACCACAGAAGGCCCCUGAUGGCAGUGCCAGUGUGGGAGCCGGGUCAGCCCAGGGCUUCUCAAACCCUAAACGGCAGCACAUCCCACUCCAUCAACCUCGUCAGACGGAGACCGAGACAGGUGGCGAAGACAGUCCACCUGCAGACCAUAGAUUGCCGCAGGCACAGCGGGGCAUCUUCUGCCACAGCUUCUCAGUUCCUGCUCAUCACCAAAAUCUUGCAUUCAUGCCGGCCGGAUUCACAACAAUUGGCGGUGCAAACCACAGUGAAAAGCAGCCACUGUUGCUGCCCCAGCAACAUCAGCACCACCAGAAUUUGCAUCUGCAGAACAUGAAACCUGAGGCAAUCCCUCAGACGCUUGCCAUGCCCUAUGCUGCCUACAAUGGAAUUCAUGGGUUCGAUCUCUCAUCCGUCACACAGAACCACACGAUCUUCCAAAGCCUCCCAGAAGUGGCCAGGAAUGGAUCCCAGUUCUCUGCAGCUGCUGCAGCCACUGCUUCCCCGCAGGGAUCAGCCCAGAAUAAGAAGGUUCAGCAGCAGCUCGCCGAGGAUGGAAAACAACGUGGGAAACCCAUCAAUGUUGGCCCUGCCGAUGAAGAGCACUUGAAGACGGCCUCGCCUGGUAAGGCUUCCAGUGGUGUUUCUCAGUGCAGCCUCUCUCCAUCGGUCUCCAACUCAGUCGAUGGCUCCUCUCAGCCAUUAAACCUAGCCCCUUGUGGUGACAAGACUCCUGUUCUAGGUGGCAGUUCCUCCACUCAACACCAGCUGCAGCAAGCCAUGCUUCACCUUCCAAAGCAGCACCAGAAGCUCCAAAGUCAGAAGCAGCAGCCGCAGCAGCAACUCCAGAAGCAGCAGCCAGUAAGCAGUGGGACGACGGUGAAUAAAUUCCCAAAUGCUCUUGCUGGCUUCCCCCAGGGGCUGAUCCAAGGAGGCAGCCCAACACAGUCUCCACAGUGGAAGAACUCCGCUAGAGCAGCAGCAGCGGCACCGCCUUCUUCUCCAGUCAAGAGCAACCCUUCCCAGCCGCCGAUCGGAAUCCCACAGCAGAACCAUUUGAGCACUGCCGGUCACCAUGCACAUAUAUCCUUCGAGGUGGGCGGCGCCUUGAGGGCGGCGCCGCCGCAGCUGCCGCUCGUUGGUGUUGGCAGCCUCUCGUCAUCUUCUUCAUCUGCCAUUGGGCCGCCGGCGGGUUCGGCCUCCAGAGGUGGUGGCGGCGGCAGCCCGAGGAUACCCACUGGAAGCAAGGGUGGGCCAACGAGCAGCUCCUCCUCCCGCCAGCAGCUGCCACCGACGAAGAAUUCUCCUGCUAGCUCAAUCAGCAAGUCUUCAGCAGUGGGAACCCGCAAUGGGCCCUCCAUUCUCGGGCAACCCCAGAUCAGACCACCAAGCUCAGCCAUGAAGUCCCAGCAGCAGCAGCAAGCUUCGCAGCAUCCAAACCAGCUGCAGAAGAACCAGCAAUAUCCGCCGUCCCAGCUGUUCUUCUCCCCUCAGUCCAAUGCUGCCGCCACCGCCACUGCGUACUACCCGAGACGGCCUUCUGAGCAGCACCACCAGCCAGUCUCCUCUGGUAUGCUCUCUCUCUGCCCUUCCGCACUCUCCGGAAGCUCUGCUCCAAGCUCAACAGACGCCUCAAAGUCAGCAGCUUCCGCUGCCGCCACCGCCAACCGCGUGAAGACUGUUGCUCAGUUCUCCGUGGCUCCUCACUCCGCCGGUGCAACCUUCCCCUACCUCGGCAUGUCGGGGGCGCCCGUUAGGCCCACCGAGCAGAAGCCUACUGCCGGUACUCCACCCCUCCAGCAGCAUUCUAGCAGAAGAUCAAAUAUUUAUAUAUAUUCAAUCAUGGAUAGGGUAGAAUUGGGUCUUGCUCAUCUGUUGAAGACUGAAUUCUCUUGCCCAGGAAAUGACUCUUUGCGUCCCUGCUGGCAGCAGCCUGAGAAGAAGAGGUGA